ACCCGGGAUGGACUUGUGCUGACCAAGGAGGGUUUUCUCCGCUGUAGCUGCCCCCUACUCAGCGCUGCCUGCCUGACCCUCGCCCCUCCGAUCUGCCCCAGCAGGCGGGUGGUGCCUCAGCGCCCUUAUCAGCAGCAGCCAGUCAGCUGUCUGAAGGCUAAGGUCUGGGGAAAUCAGAGGCGGGGUGCAGGAGGGGAAGGCAAGACAACUUCCCGCUUUCUCUCAGAGGCCCAGAAGGCUGCAGAGGCCCCCCCGCCUUUCAAGUUGCUUUCUUCCAGCUGCCAACUCCAUCUGUCUCGGGAGGGCAGAGGCGCCGGGGGACCAAGCGGUGGCUCCCCCCGCCCCGGGUCAGGACGGGUCUGUGCAGCAGGAAGUGGCCCCCCCAGCGUUCCCAGAGCCCCCCAUGGGUGGCAGAGGGGCGGCACCCUGCCCCCACCCCGGAACCCCGGAGCGAGGAAGCCAUCUCAGCCUGCCGCAGGAAGCCGCCUCAAGGGCAGCCGGAAGAUGGCCAACCACACGGCGGUGCCCGAGGACGAGUACGACGUCCUCAUCGACGGUGAUCUGAGCAGCGGGGAGGGGGACCCUUGUGACAGGUCGGGCGCUGCGGUCCUGUCGGCCCAGCAGGCGGCCCAGCUGUGCUCCGCCCUGUUCAUGGUCGGCCUCCUGGCCAACGGCUGGCUUCUGUUCAUCCUGAUCAAAUACAAAGGACUCAGGCACGUGGAAAACAUCUAUUUCCUCAACGUGGCACUGUCCAAUCUGUGUUUCCUGCUGCCCCUGCCGUUCUGGGCCGCAGCCGCCUGGCCUCGCUCCGUGUGCGGAGUCCUCCUCGCGCUCCAGUCCUUCGGGCUGCACGGCGAAGCCCUCUUCACCGUGCUCCUGACUGUGCAUGCGUCCCGGGUGAGAGGGCUGUCCUCGGCCCUCAGGACGGCGACCUGGGGCGUCAUUAUGGCGCUGCUGGCCUGGCUGACCGCCUUCCUGGUGACUCUGCCUGAACUGGUGUUUUAUAAACCUCCACGGGACGAGCAGAGCUCCCUGUGCUCCAUCAGCAGCCCUCACUUCCUGCCGGCGGAGGAGACUUCCUGGAAGCGCGUUCUGACCCUGAAGAUGAACGCUGUGGUGCUUGUGUUCCCACUGCUGGUUCUCCUGGGCGGCUGCCUGGGGAAGAGGAGCGGGGAGGAGCAGCGUGAGAGGUCCGGGCUCGUCCGUGCUGUCGCGGUCGUCUUCCUUUUGAUGUGGUUGCCCUACAAUAUCGUGCUUUUCCUGUCCGCUUUCAAGGAGUGCUUCUCCCUGCGCGGCUGCCAGAGCGACAGCCGACUGGACGCGGGCGCGCGGGUCGCCAAGGUCAUCGGCACCGCGCACUGCUGGGUCAACCCCCCUCUGUACGCGCUGCUCGACCCCCCACUUCGGAGCCGCCUCUGCGGCCUGCUCCCUCGCCGCGGCCACAGCCCGCCCCGGCCCGGUGGCGGGGAAUCUGCGCGGGGCCCGUUGCGGGGCAGCCAGGACCGGUCCACGCGACUCUGACUCCCCUGACCAAGGGCGGGCCACAUAAACGGGGACUUUGUCCCCGGUGGUUUUGUACCUUUGUGUGCAAAACGGGACGCGGGAGAACAGGGGAGGGUGAGCAUGCGAGGUGCCGGGCUCUUCACAAACCUGAACAACCCCCCCCCACCCCGGGGUGGCUGGGCGUGGUCUCAUUGCUCCAAGCAGGAAACUGGGGCUCAGAACUGGGUCUGAGGCUGCAUAGGGACGGGACUGAGACUCGAGCCCGGGUAUCACCGGCGGCAGAGCCUGUGCCUUACCCAAGCUCACUGCCCUUCCAAAUGCUGUCCCACAAAAUACAUGGAAUAAAUAUGUGCUUUAAGCAAA